AAAUACGCGUCCUUCUUCCAUUUCCGAUCUGCACGCAAAUCCUUCGCUUUGCUUCGCUCUCUCGCUCUCUCGCUUUUGCGAUCUACUCUAGAGGGGACAAAAAGGAUCAACGAUGGCGGAGCAGUUGACGGACGACCAGAUCGCGGAGUUCAAGGAGGCCUUCAGCCUCUUCGACAAGGAUGGAGACGGUUGCAUCACGACCAAGGAGCUCGGAACUGUGAUGCGAUCACUGGGACAGAAUCCUACAGAGGCAGAGCUACAGGACAUGAUCAAUGAGGUUGAUGCAGAUGGCAAUGGAACUAUUGAUUUUCCAGAGUUCUUAAAUCUGAUGGCACGCAAGAUGAAGGACACCGACUCAGAGGAGGAACUUAGGGAGGCUUUCCGAGUGUUUGACAAGGAUCAGAAUGGGUUCAUCUCAGCAGCUGAGCUUCGUCAUGUCAUGACCAAUCUCGGAGAGAAGCUGACUGAUGAGGAGGUUGAUGAGAUGAUUCGUGAAGCUGAUGUUGAUGGUGAUGGUCAGAUCAACUAUGACGAGUUUGUCAAAGUCAUGAUGGCCAAGUGAGGAUAAAUGACUUUCAUGUAAAAAAAUCUGGACCUUUCUAUGGCAGAUAAGUAGUGUUAUGUAAUUUUCUGCACGUCCCGCCUCGUCAGACAUAGCUAUUUGGUUAUCUGUAGUUGUGAGAUCCGUCGACAAUUAUUUUCUUCUUGCUUUGUUGACUGUUUUAUCUUUGCACCAUCACUACUGUUAUUUGAUGCUUUCGGUUAUCUUGUUUGAGCUUGAACUUUUAUAUCGAUUGUUCUUUUUAUUA